AUGGAACGCGGUAAAAAUAAACAAUUUGGUUAUCCUCCAGGACAAUAUCCUCCUCAGCAAGGAGCUUACCCUCCACAAGGAUAUCCUCCUCAGCCAGGUGCUUACCCUCCACAAGGAUAUCCUCCUCAAGGGUAUCCACCCGCUCAAGAAUAUCCACCUGCACAAGGAUACCCUCCGCAGCCAGUAGCUUACCCUCCACAAGGGUAUCCUCCUGCACAAGGAUAUCCACCGGCUGGAGCCUAUCCUCCAGCACAAGGAUAUCCCCCAGCUGGAGCCUAUCCUCCAGCACAAGGAUAUCCCCCUGCUGGUGGAUACCCCCCACAAGGUUAUCCCCCGACUAGUGCAUAUCCUCCACAAGGUGGUGCAUAUUCCCCACAAGGAUAUCCUCCAGCAGGUUACACUUCAAACAAAUCAGGGCACGGAAACAUGGGAUUGAUGGCCGGAGGCAUGGCUGCGGCCGUGGCUGCCUAUGGUGCUGCAAGUUAUGGACGCAGCGGAGGUCAUUAUGGUCAUGGAAAAUACAAACAGGGCAAGUAUAAGGGUGGCAAGAAGUACGGCAAGAAAUUUGGGAAGAAAUUCAAGAAGUGGAAAUAA